AUAUUCUUUUUAGUACAAAAUCUAUUUCGAUAAAUUUUCUUUUAGACAUAUCAAGCAUUAGAAAAAUAUGAUCAUGAUUUAGUUGCAGAUGCUGAAGAUGGAAAAUUAAAUCAAGUUAUUGGCCGUGAUCAAGAAAUUCGUCAUUGUAUUCAAGUUUUAUCAAGGCGAAUGAGAAAUAAUCCUGUUCUUAUUGAAGAAACAAGUGUUGGAAAAACAUCUAUUGUUGAAGAAUUAGCACAAUCUGAUGAAAGUUGUCGUGGUAAAUUGGAAGAACGUCUUAAAUCAGUUUUAAAAGAAACUGAAAAUUUAAAUGGUGGUAUUAUAUUAUUUAUUGAUGAAUUACAUUUAGUUCUUGGCGCUAGAAGAGCAGAAGGUGCAAUGAAUGUUGCUAAUUUAUUAAACCCAAUGUUAGCUCGAGAUGAAGUUCGUUGUAUUGGUACAACAAAAUUAGAUGAAUAUAGAAAAUAUAUUGAAAAAUAUCCAACAUUUGAAAGUUGUUUUCAACAAGUUUUAGUAAAAGAACUCACAGUUGCUGCUCGUGGUUCAAUUUUACGAGGUCUUAAAGAUCGUUAUGGGCCACAUUUUGGUGUUCGAAUUCUUCAUUCAGCUUUAGUUAUAGAUGCCGAAUUAUCGAAUCGUUAUAUAGCAAAUCAAUUUUUACCACAUAAAGCUAUUAAUUUAAUCGAUGAAACAUGCACAAUUAGUCAAUGGACUGGUACUCUAGUAUCAAAAUUAUCUCAAACUGAAAGUGAACAUUUACAUGAAAAAUUGAUUGAACAAGAUGAUGCUGUUAAUAAUGUUGCUGAAGUUUUUCUUAGAAGUCGAGCUGGACUUUCAAAGCAAAAUCAACCAAUUGGAUUAUUUUUAUUUUCGGGUCCAACCGGUGUUGGUGAAACUAAAUCAGCAAAAACUUUAGCAUUGGAAUUAUUUGAUUGA